AUGCUCAGGACGCUAGCAUUUGUCCAUGGAGUUUUGUUCUCUCCCAGGACCCCUCCUUCAGUGAGGAUGAGCAGCACUGGAGUGGACAAGAAAGGCGUUCUGGCUGACAAAGUGGCUCUGAUCACAGGGUCCACUCAAGGCAUUGGCUUUGCUAUUGCCCAACGGUUGGCCCGGGAUGGCGCCCAUGUGGUGGUGAGCAGUCGCAAGCAGGAGAAUGUUGAUCAAGCUGUGGCCCUCCUGAAGGAAGAAGGACUGAUUGCAAAAGGCAUGGUGUGCCAUGCAGGGAAGGCAGAGGAUCGUGAUAAACUAGUGACGAUGGUGGCAGACCAAUAUGGUGGUGUUGACUUCCUGAUUUGUGCUGCUGGAGUAAACCCCCUUGUAGGGAGCACUCUGGGAGCCAGUGAGCAGGUGUGGGACAAGAUUUUGGAUGUGAAUGUGAAAUCCCCAGCCCUGCUGCUGGCCAAGCUGUUGCCUUAUAUGGAGAAAAGGGGGAGCUCCUCUGUGGUUCUGGUAUCAUCAGUUACAGGCUAUGUUCCAGUUCCAAAAUUGGGUCCCUAUAAUAUCAGUAAAACUGCCUUGCUGGGCCUCACCAAGACCCUGGCUGUGGAGCUGGCCCCAAAGGGCAUCCGGGUGAACUGCUUGGUUCCAGGACUCAUCAAGACUGACUUCAGCCACAUACUCCAUGAAGAUGAAGCCUUCAAAAAGGACUUUAAAAAUCUAUAUGGAAUGCAGAGGACUGGACAACCAGAAGACUGUGCUGGGAUUGUGUCUUUCCUGUGUUCUCCAGAUGCCAGCUACAUCACCGGAGAGAACAUUAUUGUGGCUGGUUUCUCCCCCAAAUUAUAA